AUGCACGGUACAGAUGUCGGACAUUAUGCAAAUGAGUUUGUUCCUUUCCAAACAUAUUUGCUAUUGGGGGCAUUUGUCUCCGAGUCGAUCAAGACGUAUGGAAUUCCUCUUCAUCAAUUCAGAUGGACAAUUGAUAAGGGCACAAUUGUUGAACCAAUAGAUAAAGUCAUACCCCCUGAACCACCAUUGCUGCCACCAACGCUGCUAAAAACUACAUCGUUUGACAGUUUCGAUUAUCAAGCUAUAGGCUUUGAAUUCGGCACUUCUCAAAAUAUAUUUACUGUUGCUCUCUCAAAAAAAAAGGAAACACCUAGCUAUUUGAACAAUCUAAAUAUGCUUACUCCGUCUUUGUUUAGCCAGAAUUCCUCUUCUUCUUAUGACCAAAUGGAAUACCCUUCGAUAAGAGAAGGGAUCAUCAACUUCAGGAGGAAACCAACAAAACUCACUCUCUGGGAAGAAUUCAUCGACCUAUAUGGAAACAAACUUCUCAAACACCUGAUAGAACUUCAAGAAUUUCCAGUAAUCAUUGCCAGAAAAGUGGCCAAAUCAAAAUCAUCUUCAGGCCUUUCAAAUAGAUUUGGUACAACAAUCCAGAUUGAUCCUCCAUACCCACAAGCUAUCGCAUUAAAGACAUGGUCUGAUGAAAUAAAACCGGUUCUCAACACAUACACAACAAAAAGCACCGCAGCUACAGGCUCUCUUUUGUUUGUGCCAUUUGAAGAACACAUAGUGCCUAUUGUCAACAUCCAACAACAAUCUUUGGGGCAAGUAUUCCACAUGCAAGCUCUAUUGUUAAUAUCCAAUGAAACUCAAAAAUUCCGUGUCUUAGUCUGCUCUGACUACAAGCAAGUAUUUCCAAGGAUUUGGACACAGAGAAAAUUCUAUUGUACAACUUGCCGUCGACCAAAAAAACUCACACCAAGAUGUCAGUUUCAAGUAACCAUCAAGGAUGAUACUGGUUCAACAACAGCCAUGAUUUCAAAUAAAAUUGGAGAAGAACUAUUGUCUCUAACUGUAGCAGAAAUUCAUGACAUACGUUGCAUCAAGAAACAACUGUUGUCACUCUUAUCCGUGCAACACAAACUGUUAGGCAAGACAUUCACCAUCCAAAUAAAGAAGUUGUUUGCCAAAAAUAAGGAUGCAUCUUCAGCAAAACUGGUUAUCAUGUCAAUCACCGAGAUAUAUAUAACUAGCAAUCUGCCACUGCCCAUCAACGCACCAACAACUCCAGAAAGUAGUAAACGCAAGCUGAAGCAAAUCAUGAUAAAAGAAGACUAAAAGUGCAAUACUUUUUUGCAAUAUGGUUGGAAACACCAUUUUGUCUUGAUGGCGUACAUUUUUGGUGCUGAUAGCAUGGACUUUGCUGCAUAGUUAUAAGAAAUUGACAGGUGCUUUCUGAAUGACGCUGACUAAUAGUCAAAAUACAACAUUAUGCAAAUAUUGUAGAUAUCCAACCUAAAUAACACAGCCAUGACAACGAACAAAACAACUGCCAACCAUAUUUCAUAUAU